AUGACCUCUUCAACCAUCCUUCCCCACCUCACUGUGCUUCCUCACACUGCACAGCCAACAGCCACAGACAGUGAGGAGCACAGCGAGGAUGACCUACGAGCGCCUCAAUCAAAUCCUCACCGUCUCCUCAACAUGAAUAACAGUAACAACAAUGAAGAGAAAAGAAAAAAGGAAAAAGCAGAAGAAAGAGACAAGGAGGCAAAGGAGAAGGAAGAAAAAGAGGCAAAAGAAAAAGAGAAGGAAAAGGAGAAAGAGAAAGAAAAGGAAAAAGAGAAAGCAAAGGAGAAAGAAAAAGACAAGGAAAAGGAAAAGCCUAAAGAAUUGUUCGUCAUUAAUCCUGCUGGGAAUUUGUAUUACAACUGGCUGUUCAUCAUCACACUGCCUGUCAUGUACAACUGGACCAUGAUCAUAGCCAGGGCUUGCUUUGAGGAGCUGCAGCACAACUACAUCGUUUACUGGAUGAUUUUGGACUACAUAUCAGACAUAGUGUACCUGGCUGAUAUGCUUGUCAGGACCAGAACAGGUUACCUUGAGCAAGGUCUGUUGGUGAAAGAUGAGAAGCUGCUCCGGGAGCGUUACAUCAGCAGCUUCCAGUUUCGUCUCGAUUUCAUCUCCAUGCUGCCCACAGACAUCUUCUACUUCGUCCUUGGCCUCGACUACCCAGAAAUCCGCAUUAACAAGCUGCUGAGAAUUGGCCGCAUGCUGGAGUUCUUCACCAGGACAGAGACUAAAACCAACUACCCCAACAUCUUCCGUAUUGCAAACCUGAUCAUGUACAUCCUCAUUAUCAUCCACUGGAAUGCCUGUUUCUACUUCUCCUUCUCAAAGUCUAUCGGUUUUGGGGCUGAUGACUGGGUUUACCCAGCUCUGGAUGAUCCAGAUGAGCCUGACUUUGGGCUUCCCAUGAGGAAGUAUUCCUUCAGCCUCUACUGGUCCACACUGACCCUGACCACCAUCGGAGAAACACCACCACCGGCCCUGGAUUCAGAGUUUUUCUUCCAUGUAGUUGACUUCUUGGUUGGAGUCUUGAUCUUUGCCACAAUUGUAGGAAACAUCGCCACUAUGAUCUCCAAUAUGAAUGCUGCUCAAGCCCAGUUUCAGGCCCGAAUUGACAACAUCAAGCAGUACAUGCAGGUUCGAAAAGUCAGCAAGGAACUUGAGUUGCGAGUCAUUAAGUGGUUUGACUAUUUGUGGAAUAACGGCAAAGCGCAGGAUGAGAGAGAGGUGCUGAGGUAUCUCCCAGACAAGCUGAAGGCUGAAAUCGCCAUCCAGGUCCACAUGGACACUCUAAAAAAGGUUCGUAUUUUUGCAGAUUGUGAGGCAGGCCUCCUGAUUGAACUGGUGCUCAAGCUUCGGCCUCAAGUCUUCAGCCCCGGAGACUAUAUCUGCAAGAAGGGUGACAUUGGUCGAGAGAUGUAUAUUAUCAAAGAUGGGAAUCUUGCAGUUGUUGCUGAUGAUGGUGUAACGCAGUUUGUCGUGCUGAGCAGUGGCAGCUAUUUUGGUGAGAUCAGUAUCCUCAAUAUUAAAGGCAGCAAAGCAGGGAACAGGCGAACUGCCAACAUCCGCAGCAUUGGAUAUUCAGACCUCUUCUGCCUGUCCAAGGAUGACCUGAUGGAGUCACUGACGGAGUAUCCAGAUGCUAAAAGCAUGUUAGAGGAGAAAGGCCGACAGAUCCUGAUGAAAGAUGGUCUGAUAGAGUUGGACCCGUCUAAAAUCUUGCCUGAGACACAGGAGCUGGAGGAGAAGGUCAACAAGUUGUAUAAUACAACAGAGCUGAUGCAGGGCAAGCUGAAAAAGAUACUGGGAAAUUACAAGAAUGCUGACAAGGCUCUGAGACGGCGCAUCGCAGAUCUGGAGCAGCUGACAGGAGAGGAGGUAGAGGAAGAGGAAGAGGAAGAAGAGGAGGUGAAAAAGGAAGUGAAAGAGGUGGAAGGGGAGAAAAAGGAAGAAGAGGAAAAGGGCGAGGAGACAAAGGAAGAUGCAGGGGAGGGUGAAGAGGAAAAAACAGAGGAAGCGAAAGAUGCAGAAUGAAAGGAAACUACAGGGGAAGAGAAAAAAUAAGCCCUUAGCUCCUGUAACAAA